AUGGCUGAGUCCAACACUGCCGCUGCGCCGGCUUUGCACACCAACAUCGAGUCUGGCAAGUUUGAUGAGAAGGAGCACCACGCCACCGACCCCACCACUGCCAAGAAGGUCGAGGGCGAAGAAGACGAGGAUGAGGAUAUCGAUGCUUUGAUCGAGGACCUCGAGUCCGCCGAUGGCGCCGAGGCCCUCGAGGAGGAGGAGGAGGAGUCCACCCCGGGCGGUGGUCGCCAGGUCCCCGAGGAGCUCCUCCAGACCGACUCCCGCAUCGGUCUCACUUCCGACGAGGUUGCCGCCCGCCGAAAGCGUUUCGGUCUCAACCAGAUGAAGGAGGAGAAGGAGAACAUGAUCCUCAAGUUUCUGGGAUUCUUCAUUGGUCCUAUCCAGUUCGUCAUGGAGGCCGCUGCCGUCCUGGCUGCCGGUCUUGAGGAUUGGGUCGAUUUCGGUGUCAUUUGCGCCCUGCUCCUGCUCAACGCCUGUGUCGGUUUCGUCCAAGAAUACCAAGCUGGUUCUAUCGUCGACGAGUUGAAGAAGACUCUUGCCCUCAAGGCCGUCGUUCUCCGUGAUGGUCAGCUCAAGGAGAUCGAAGCACCCGAGGUCGUUCCUGGUGAUAUUCUUCAGGUAGAGGAGGGUACAAUCAUCCCUGCUGAUGGAAGAAUCGUGACCGAUGACGCCUUCCUCCAGGUCGAUCAGUCUGCCCUUACCGGUGAAUCUCUCGCCGUCGACAAGCACCACGGUGAUCAGUGUUUCGCUUCCUCCGCUGUCAAGCGUGGUGAGGCCUUCGUUGUUAUCACUGCCACCGGUGACAACACUUUCGUCGGUCGCGCUGCUGCUCUCGUCUCCCAGGCCAGCGCCGGUACUGGUCAUUUCACUGAGGUGCUCAACGGUAUCGGUCAAGUCCUCCUUGUCCUUGUUAUCUUGACCCUCGUUGUCGUCUGGGUUUCUUCCUUCUACCGAUCCAACCCCAUCGUUGAUAUCUUGGCUUUCACCCUGGCCAUCACCAUUGUCGGUGUUCCUGUCGGUCUUCCCGCUGUCGUCACCACCACCAUGGCUGUCGGCGCCGCCUACCUCGCCAAGAAGAAGGCUAUCGUUCAGAAGCUCUCCGCCAUUGAGUCCCUCGCUGGUGUAGAGAUUCUCUGCUCCGACAAGACUGGUACUUUGACCAAGAACAAGCUGUCCCUCUCUGAGCCUUUCACCGUCCAGGGUGUUGACCCCGAGGACCUCAUGUUGACUGCCUGCUUGGCUGCUAGCCGCAAGAAGAAGGGUAUCGACGCCAUUGACAAGGCCUUCCUGAAGUCCCUCAAGUUCUACCCCCGCGCCAAGGGUGUCUUGUCCAAGUACAUUGUCCGCGAGUUCUUCCCUUUCGACCCUGUCUCCAAGAAGGUUACCGCCGUUGUUGAGUCCCCCCAGGGUGAGAUCAUCACCUGUGUCAAGGGCGCCCCUCUUUUCGUCCUGAAGACCGUUGAGGAAGACCACCCUAUCCCUGAGGAGAUUGAUAACGCCUACAAGAACAAGGUUGCCGAGUUUGCCACCCGUGGUUUCCGAUCCCUCGGUGUUGCCCGCAAGCGUGGUGAGGGUGCCUGGGAGAUUCUUGGAAUUAUGCCUUGCUCUGACCCUCCCCGUCACGAUACCGCCAAGACUGUCAACGAAGCCAAGACUCUCGGUCUCUCUAUCAAGAUGUUGACUGGUGAUGCCGUCGGUAUCGCUCGUGAGACUUCUCGCCAACUCGGUCUCGGUACCAACAUCUACAAUGCUGAGCGUCUUGGUCUUGGUGGCGGUGGCGACAUGCCCGGUUCCGAGGUCUACGAUUUCGUCGAGGCUGCCGAUGGUUUCGCCGAGGUUUUCCCCCAGCACAAGUACAACGUCGUCGAGAUCUUGCAGCAGCGUGGUUACCUCGUUGCCAUGACCGGUGACGGUGUGAACGACGCACCCUCUUUGAAGAAGGCUGAUACCGGUAUUGCUGUCGAGGGCGCUUCGGAUGCCGCUCGAUCUGCUGCUGAUAUUGUUUUCCUUGCCCCCGGUCUCGGUGCUAUCAUCGAUGCUCUCAAGACUUCCCGCCAGAUUUUCCACAGAAUGUACGCCUACGUCGUCUACCGUAUUGCCCUCUCCAUCCACUUGGAGAUCUUCCUUGGUCUUUGGAUCGCCAUUCUCAACCGCUCCCUGAACAUCGAGCUCGUUGUCUUCAUUGCCAUCUUUGCUGAUGUUGCCACUCUCGCUAUCGCCUACGACAACGCUCCCUUCUCCAAGAGUCCCGUCAAGUGGAACCUGCCCAAGCUUUGGGGAAUGUCCGUUGUCCUUGGAAUAGUCCUUGCCGUCGGUACCUGGAUCACUGUUACUACCAUGUACGCUCAAGGUGAGGAUGGUGGUAUCGUCCAGAACUUCGGUAACAUGGAUGAGGUUCUCUUCCUCGAGAUCUCCUUGACUGAGAACUGGUUGAUCUUCAUCACUCGUGCCAACGGUCCUUUCUGGUCGUCCAUCCCCUCGUGGCAAUUGACCGGCGCUAUCCUUGUCGUCGAUAUCCUUGCUACUUGCUUCACCAUCUGGGGUUUCUUCGAAGGCGGCCAACAGACCAGCAUUGUCGCUGUCGUCCGUAUCUGGAUCUUCUCAUUCGGUGUCUUCUGCAUCAUGGGUGGUAUCUACUACCUCAUGUCUGGCAGCCAGGGCUUCGACAACAUGAUGCACGGUCGCUCCAUCAAGGGCAACCAGAAGCAGCGAUCCCUCGAGGAUUUCGUCGUUUCGCUCCAGCGUGUCUCCACCCAGCACGAGAAGUCCGCAUAA